CUUAAUGAUUUUAUUAAUCCAUGUAAUGCGCUGUUUCGUUUGGAUAAAAUUAUUCGUUCGACAUCUUUCAACAUUCUUUUUGAUAAUUUAAUUUCAGAAUUGCUAAUUGGUUCUGGUUCUGAUCGAGACAAAUUGUUCAUUUGUAUUGAAAAUAUAAAAUUCGGGGGCGAUAACCUUCUCAACAAAUGGUGCAGUGACGGUAGCUCAUUAGAACAAUCAUCAAACGAUGAUUUACCAGUUACAAUCGAACCACUUUAUGUCGCAGAAAUCUUGCAAGUUGAUGAGGGUUGGUUGUUUCCAGUUACCAAUACCAAUCUCAAAAUAAAUCUUACUGCAUUUGUUUUUGACAAAUCGCAUAUUAGGAUAGUUGGAAUUCCUCAACAUGGAUCAGUAUUGGUGCGGGGCAAACCAGAAAACGAUUUUACAUAUCAAGACUUACUCUUGCUUCAUGUGAAUUAUUCACAUGACGGUAGUGAAACAAGUGAAGAUGCCAUCGAGUUACAAGUAAACAUUUCUGGAUUGAUGAAAUCUUUAAUACGAAUUAAUCCGAUAAAUGAUGCUCCAGAGCUGCGAAAAGGAUCUGAAGGACUGCGAAUUAAAUAUCGCAAUUGCAGGCUUUUGUUAGAUACUCGAUUUAUGAAUUUAUGGGACUCAGACACUGAUUCUGAUAUUGUACGUGUGGAUAUCGUGUCAGCAAAUGGUGUAAUUUUGCAAGCAGCAGGCCAUAAUAUUACUCAAUUUUCACAGCAAGAUUUCAUCAAUAAUAAAAUUCACUUAGUGAACACGGGAGAAGAUCGUGGUGAAAUUCAUUUGAUUGCAAAUGAUGGUGAGAAACAGUCAUCACCACUUUUAAUAUCUGUCAUAACAGUUCCCAUUGAAAUUCAUUUAAAAAGCAAUACUGGAGUGAAAGUGAUGCAUCAGUCCUCGGAGACUAUUUUGCCGGCAAAUUUAUCUUUUACCACAAAUCUCCCUGAUUUACCAUUGCAAUAUAUGAUAGUUGAUCUACCUGAAUACGGAUUGGUAGAAUGUUGUGAUGAUGUCGGUCAGUACCAGAUAUGUUCAUCUUUUAUGCAAAACGACAUCGAACAGUCACGAAUUAGAUAUCGUCAUACCAGUCAGCUCAAUCCUCCUGUUGAUUCUUUCAGUUUCCAGGUGCGUGCAGGUAGUAGUAGUUCAAUAGUUCACUUUUUUAAAAUUUCAUUCAUACCUGUUCAUGUAAAAAUUUUCAAUCGGGCACCUUUCUUGCUCAAUAGUACCGAUCAGCUAACUCUUCGUCGUUUGCACCUUUUUGCUUGGACAUUUCCUAAAAGCUACUCUCCUCAAAAUCUUAUUUUCCACGUAAUUGAACCGCCGAAAUUUGGCUUACUUUCUCGUCGAAUCUCAGAAACGCGUAAUCGGCGUAUCGGUGUAUCAUCAAAUUUUACGCAACAGUAUUCAAUCGUCAAUGAUUUUUUUAUAUUUCGAGUCAUCACACCAUCUGUUGCUUCAGAAGCAACACGAUUCGAAAUAACAUUUAUACCUGGUUCGGGCGCCGUCCAGCUGAUCAAUAGGACUAUCGUUGUCGACGAAGGUGCUAUGCAAAAGAUUACGAACGAAUCGCUGUCACUUGAAACACCAGAUGAUAAUAAUUUUAUGUUUACAAUCGGCAUUCCACCACUUUUUGGCAAUAUAGUCCUAAGUCAUCCGCUUGGAGCGAAGUUUAUCUUGUCGAUGGGUGAAAAUUUUACCACGCAAGAUAUCAACAAGGGAAGAGUUUGGUAUGAACAUCUGGGCGUAGAAUCACGCGUAGAUCGAGUCUAUUUGGUAGCAGAAAGUGUUCAUCGACACACAAGUCGUAUACCCUUUUGGCUAACAAUGAGGAUGAUUCUAAAGAACGAUAAUACACCGAGACUUGUUGGAAAAAACGAACUUCAAAUAAUCGACCGAGGUGACCGCAUUUUGCGCGAAUCUUUAUUGCCAUGGAAAGAUGAUGACAUUGAUACACAACCACUACGAUUUAUUUUUCAUGAUGGUUUCCGAAAUGCAGCCAUUUUAUCGAGAGUUUCUCCAAAUAUCCACAUCCGUAAUUUCACUCAACAAGACAUGAAAAAUGAAGAAAUUAUGAUUAGGCAUUUAGGCCAUUCAAAACACUUCCAAAUGUCUUACACGGUCUCCGAUGGCGUACAUGAUGUGCCUUCUGUUCUUACUGUUAUAGCUUCCGAACCAUUUAUCCGUUUCGAAAACCAUCACGUUUAUCUUCCACCAUCUGAAACUGACUUACUUUUAACACUUACAAACCAAAAUUUGUCAGCCAUCACGAACUUUGAUGUAGGCCCAGCAGACAUAGUUUUUUUCGUCACACAUUCUCAGAAUUUUCUUAUUAUGCAUAAUUCAUCGGAAUUUAUCGCAAAAAAUUUCACACAGAAAGACAUUAAUGAUGGUAAGAUUUUCUAUCGUUCAUUGGUUUCUGAUUUAACCGAUGAGCAAAUUUCGGUACAAGUUGACAAACAGAUAGAUACCGUUGCCUUUCGAAAACUGAGACAGCAAUCAUUACGUCGAAGCUCAAUUGAAAUGCGAACUUUAUCUGUUCUUGUUGUACCAAUUUCUUCUUUAUCACAAAUUGAUAAGAACAUUUUAUUUGCAUCCGCUCCUGGUAAAACGCCAUCUGAAAUUAUUUAUGAUGUUUUAAAGCAACCAAACAGUGGUUCAUUAAUCCUCGAAUCAGUUAAAGGUAUUAUAAAGCAAUUUUUAACUUAA